AUUUUAAUCAGAUUCUGAACUGACGUCUGCUUGAAGGAAAACGGAGGGAGAGACGGCCGAUCUUCGUCCAGGUUUCAUGCGUUCAGGCUUCAACGCACCCGCUAUUCUUAGUCCGUGCUAUUCCGUCAGAGGCAGUCUGAAUCUCGAAAGAAGUGGCAUCAGAUCCUGUAUUCCGUUUGUUGUAAGACGACUGAAUGGGCUGCAAUAGGCCGGCUCCCGAGCGGACAUAGCGGGAUAAGGUCGGACUCGGGAAGGCACUAGCGACAUACAGAAGCUUACACUAGUUGACGGAAUGUACGAAGCGACAGAGCUCCAGGCGAUGCUGCUGGCUCUUGCAUAGAGUUUAUUUGUGACAAGGGUCAUAUGCGACAAGGGGAUCGCCUUCUUCAUACAACGGUCGGCUUGUAUCGGGGAUACGGCAAUGGACGAGGCGACAGAGCUCCAGGCAGUGCUGCAGGCCCUCGCAGUCGCCGUUGAUUGGCGGACCGACCAGGCUUCUCGUGGCGCGGCCACGGAAUUCCUGGAAAAGCUCAAGGCAGAGGAGGAGCCACACCGUCAGGCGUCCAUCGCAGCUCAUUUAGUGAACAGCGACCAGCCCGAGCAUGCCCGGCUCUUCGGCUUCCAGCUGCUGCAGAACGUGGCCCGCAGCAAGUGGCAGCAGUUCCCCGCUGAUGAGCGGCGCAGGCUGGCAGUGUACGCGUUCGACCUGCUCAGGCGCUGCGCCGAUACUGCUGGCGAGCCCUGGUCUAUUCGCAGCAAGGCAGCUGCCCUGAUGGCUGAUAUCGUGAAGCACGAGGGCUCAGACCUUUGGAAGGAGAUGCUCCCAUCUCUGCUUUCUCUCUCUGCUGCCAGCCCCAUCCAUGCAGAGACGGUGGCGCUUGUGCUGCAGUUUGUACCAGAAGACGUGACAGUCCAUAACGAGGAUAUAGAAGGCAAUCGCAGGCGUCAGCUGCUUCUAGGCCUCACAACCACACUGCCGCAGAUCCUGCCCUUCCUCUACUCGCUGCUGGACUCGAACUUCGCAGCAGCGCUGGCAGACAUGCAGCAGAGCAAGGUCGACGCGGCAAGGCAGCAUGCAGCAGCCGUCACAGCAGGCCUGGCAGCUCUGGGGGCUUAUGCGGAGUGGGCACCUGUGCCUGCUCUCGCCUCUGCUGGUUUACUCAAUGCCUGUGGCUUUCUCCUUGGCUCCCCCGACUUCCGCAUGGGCGCUGCUGACUUCUUCAAGCACCUCGCUGCCAGGCGAGCCCCUUCGGACGACCAGGAGGCGUUCAAUGCCGCCAUGACAUCGGUGGCAGACUCCCUCGUCUCUGCUGCUGACGCCUCCCUCGAUCGCAUCACCGCCUCUGCUGGCGCUGCCCCUGCUGGUGGCGCUGGAGGGGAAGCAGGGGGAGCAGGGGCAGGGGGAGGAGGAGGGGGGGCGGGGGAGGUGGAUGAGGGGGAGUUGCAGUUUGCGGAGAGGGUGUGUGAGGCCAUGGUGGCGUUUGCACCGUCCAAUCUGAAGAGAGCUGCACAGCAGGACGACUCCCGAUAUGCGAGAUUCUUCCACGCUAUGCUUCGGUUCUUUGAGUGCAAGUUCUUCCCCUUGCAUGCUCUGGCGCUUCAACUAUGGCUGGUGUUGCUGCGGGAAUCAGCGCAGAGCACGAGUGGAGCAAAGGACAAGCGAGCCGCAGUGAUUCUAGUGCCGCCCGAUUUCUGCCUGCGGCUGCUGGACGUGGUGGCGGACCACCUGCCCAGGCGGCCGGGAGAGGGGGAAGGGGAGGGGGACGAUGACGCCUGGCAGGAGGAGUUUACCAACAGUGGGGACUAUGCUCAAUAUAGAAGCAGACUGAUGGAGGUGAUUCGCCUGGUGACGCAGCAGCAGCCGCUGAUAGCAGCAUCCAAGGUGGCCUCGCGGAUCGAAGCGGCAGUUGGUGCCACCUCUGCCCCACCCUCACCCAAGGCAAUGGCAGUGUUGGAGGGAGCGCGCAUGCUGGAGGAUGCUGUCAUGGCUGCUGUGCCCGAUGCUGUGAUGGCAGCAGCCGCUGCUCACUCCACCAACCCGGCUAUUCUUGCAGACGACCUGGGGCUCAUUGUAGAAGGUGUGUUGCAGCGUCUGCUGUGCGUGCAGUGGAGCGACCCCGUGUUGAUAGAGCUGCACUCGCACCUGCUCGAUGCCCUGGGGCCCUUCCUCAAGCACUCCCCGCCCGCUGCUGCCCUCGUCAUGCCCAAACUGUUCGAGCUGCUCGGUGCUCUUCCGCCCACUCCACUGGGCGUGGAGCCGAUGCUGCGACCGGAGCGCAGUGAGGACCGCCUGCCCCGCCUGCAAGUGUGCACGUCAAUUCUGAGAGUGGCACGUUCUGCUGAUGUGGCCCUCGUCCCCAUGCUCAAGGCGAUGGUAGAUCAGGUGAUGGCCAUUCGGCAGCAGCAGCAAGCGGCAGUGCAGCGUGUGCAGCAGAACCAGCCAGGCGCGGUGCUGCAUGGGGAAAUCAUUCUGCUCGCUGAGGCGCUGCUGCUCGUGGCCGCUGCUGCAGGACCCAGUGAGGAGGCAGCGGUUGUUGAAUGGCUCCUCGCCCCCAUCCGCGCUCAAUGGACGGAUGCCACGUGGCAGAACCGCUACCUGUCCUCCCCGGCAGCUCUGGCGGCCCUGCUGCUACACACCCCCGGGUCGGGAUCCCAGGAGGAGGCAGACUGCUGGACCGUGUACCACACCACCAUGCUGCUCGAGCGGAUUAUGAGACGUGCUGCUGCCGGGGGGGGGAGUGCCGGAGGGGGAGGGGGAGGGGGAACGGGAGGGGGAGGGGGUGUGGUGGCGGCUGCUACGCCGCCUCCUUCUCCUGGGACGGGCAAGGCGGAUGGGGCUGGGGAAGGUGGUACUGGGGGAGGGGUGUCGCAUUGUGUGAGCCCGCACCUGCACUGGAUCGUGCCGCCAAUGCUGAGACUGCUGCACUGCAUUCACUCGCUCUGGUCCCCUCAAGUGCUCGCCUCGCUCCCCCCCGCCCUCGCGCCUGCGCUGCUGGUGGGGCAGCAGGAAAAGGCAGCAGUGUUGGGCCAGGCAGGCGCAGCAGGCAAGCAGGAAGGGGUGCCGCUGCUGGUGGGGGGAAGCGGGGGAGGGUGGGGAGAAGGGGGAGGGGGGAUGGGGGGAGGUGGGGGUGAGAAGCAGCGCGAGGCUGCGGCUUUGGCUAUAAGGCGGAAUUGGUUGAAGUGUGUGCGGGAUAACUGCUAUGGCUUCCUUGGUAUGGCAGCAGCAAACGCCCCAGCAGCCUUCUUCUCCCUUCCUGAACCUGCAGUCCCGAACCUGAAAUCCCUAGGCUCGGUCACACCCCAGCAGCAGCAGUUCGUCUUAGAGGUUCGGGCCGCACUUGCCGAUUCCGUGGCUAGCAUGGAGGCUCGGCACCUGCGCCUGCUGCAGAAGCUCGUCCUGCUCCCAUUGGUCAAGGCCUGCCCGCCGAACCUCUGGCCGCUCUGGCUCGGCACGCUCCUGCCGCCGAUCCUGAUCCACUGCGACCAAUGGCUGACUGCCACGUGGCAGAGGUUCCUCCAAGAAGGGCUGGCGGGGGUAGGGGAAGCAGGGGGAGGGGCAGGGGGAAAAGCAGAUGGUUCUAGUGGAGGGAACGUGGGGGGUGAGAGGGAGAGGGAGAGGAGGGGGGCGUUGAAGGACGAGUUGUUUCAGGAGAAAAUCCUAAGGGACCUCACCAGAGAGACUUGCAGCCUCCUGGCGCUCUUCCCGGUGCUGCCCCAGUCGUCCUCGUUACAAGCAGCCUCGAUUCAAGCCACUGCUUCAGCGCUAAUUAUGGCUGGUGUGACUGGCAGCAGUGUUGCUGCUGCUGGUGGUGCUGGUGCUGCUGGUGAUGAGAGGAUGGACGUGCAUUCUGUAUCCAGCGCUGCUAACAGCUUGCUGCACUUCCUGUUACAACAGCAUCCCGAGGCAGCAGCGGCGUGCAUCAGAGUCGCAAUGGCAGCAAUGGAUUGGCCCGACAGUGAUGCCUCUCACAAGGCAGUCCUCUUCAACUCAGGCCUCGUCCACAUGCCGGAGCUCCUCGCCGAGCCUACCGCCCAGCCUUCCGAGCCUGCCGCGCAGCUCCGGGAGAUGGUCGGCCGAACCAUGUUUGCAGCAGCGGUGCAGGCCCUGACUCUGGAGUCUAAUGCGGGGAUUCAGGCGCAUAUUGUGGCAUUACUGAGGGAUAUUUACCUUCGACUGGGUCCACUAACCUCUGCACCACGAGAGGUCCUCCUAUCUCUCUCUAUUCCACCAGAGGGUCUCGCAUCCUUUGAAGCUGCCCUUAAAAGCACGGGCAGCGCCAAGGAGCAGCGGGCAGCCUUCAGAACUUUGCUCACAGGAGUGGCGGGCAAUCAGUUGAAAGCUUUUGCUGCCCAACGGAACCCCACCACCAUUUCAAACGUCUCAGGCGUGAUAAGAACUGCAUCUAAUCCCUCAGCCACAACCACGUCGUCAUCUAUAGAUCAAUCUGGACCGUCCAUCGGCCUGGCAUCAUUUGGUAACAUGCCCUCUAACCAAUAGCAGGAGAUCAAUCCGGGCCAUUCAUUCAUUCACACCCGCAUCCUCGAGUUCCUUAUGACCCCUGGCCCGUUUUUAUUUUCACACGGCAAAUUUGACAGGCCAGGGGAGAUGCCAAAGAGCAACUUUGGCAAACAUUUUUGUAGAUUAGUAGGUGUGUAACUUUUAGGAACUAGAAGUUGUAGAAGCUCAAAAAGCCCCAUUUGCUUGUAUUACUGUAGUUGCAGGGUUUGAUUAGCAAAGAGAUGACAAUGCAUUAAAAGAAAAUCGUGAUU